UCCGGGCCCUGAUUGGCUGUGCUGCACCCGACAGCCGCAAAAGCUGCUGACGAAAACGAAAAUAAAAGCUUUGUGGGUUGACAAAACUGACGCAUUGCUUGUUGUUGAAGGUCAGUCGCGCAGGGUUGCUUUGUGAGAUUUGUGUGGCUGUGGUUCUGUCUGGUGUUUUUCCGCCUCUUAUUUCAAUAGAAGGGUUCUUUCUAAUUCGUUUGCUUGAAGGCCAUCAACAGAUUUUCUCGGAUUUCAUUGAUGGGCCAGUGCAGUGCGCCGGCGCAGCACUGCCAGCUCUCCUGUGCCCCUCGAAGCGGAUAGUUGACGGUGGCCUUCCCGUGGCCGGCCCGUUCCCCUUCACUGCGCGGCCGCCGCCUGCAGCACACGGCCGAAGAUGAAAGUGGACGUCAGCGCGGCGCCAGUCUAGCUCAGGGGUUGCUGACGGAGGGUGUGCGGGUCACGGUGCUCCGGUCCGGUUCAGCAGGGCGCGGUCGCCGGGUGAGCCAGAGCCAGGGUGGAGGAUAGGACAAUCUGUAGCAGAAGCUGUGCCAGUGAUCUGAGUGAAAGUGUGAAUUAAGAACUGUGGACAUAGCUCCUCUGAUAGGUCUACUACAGGACAAUCAUGCCAGCCCCAGAUGCUGACUACCAGACGUUCUCAGUGGUGGACUCGUCGAGAGUCUCCACGUUUGUCAUCUCCAUCCUACUCAUCGUCUACGGCUCAUUCCGAUCGCUGAACAUGGAGAAGGAGGCGCAGGAGCAGGAGGUGAAGGACAAGGAGAAGGCCAAGAGUCUGGGCACAGAGUACAGCAGCACCUCCACCCAGGAGCAGAACGUGCACACGUUGGACACGAUGCACGCGCUCUGCCUACCACUGGGAGCGUCCGCCUCGCUGCUCGUCAUGUUCUUCUUCUUCGACUCGAUGCAGCUGCUGUUUGCCAUAUGCACUGCAGUGAUUGCCACGGUGGCCCUGGCGUUCCUGCUACUGCCCAUGUGCCAGUAUAUGAUCGCCUCCUGCUCGGAUGGCUCAAAGAUCUCAUUUGGACUGUGCGGCCGGUACACGAGCGCUGAGAUCGUCUCCCUCGGCGUGUCCGUCACCAUCGUCUGUGUCUGGAUACUGACCGGUCACUGGCUUCUUAUGGAUGCGAUGGGCAUGGGCCUGUGCGUGGCGUUCAUCGCCUUCGUCCGCCUGCCGUCGCUGAAGGUGUCCACGCUGCUCCUGAUGGGCCUGCUCAUCUAUGACGUCUUCUGGGUCUUCUUCUCGCCCUACAUCUUCAGUGCCAACGUCAUGGUCAAGGUGGCCACGCGGUCGGCCGAUAAUCCCGUGGGGAUUAUGGCCAAGAAGCUGCACCUGAAUAGUAUGAUGCGCGAGGCGCCCAAGCUCUCUCUGCCGGGGAAGCUGGUGUUCCCCAGUAUGCGCACGACUGGACACUUCUCCAUGCUGGGGCUUGGAGACAUUGUGAUGCCCGGCCUGUUGCUCUGUUUCGUGAUGCGGUUCGACGCGUACAAGCGGGCGCAGGCGCUAUCGGGAGCUGACGCCACGGUGCCCAGCAACGGACACCUGCAUAAAAUCACGUAUUUCCACUGUUCGCUGAUUGGCUACUUCCUGGGCCUGGUGACGGCCACCGUGUCGUCGGAGGUGUUCCGGGCCGCUCAGCCGGCCCUGCUGUACCUGGUGCCGUUCACGCUGCUGCCCCUCCUCACCAUGGCCUACCUCAAGGGCGACCUGCGCAGAAUGUGGAGCGAGCCGUUCAUGGCCUACAGCACACCGAAACAGCUGGACGUGUGAUACUGCCACCUGUCGGUCACAAUCUGAACCUGAAGUCCUCCAGCGCGGCGCUGCCGGCGCCCCGCCCAAGGCCCGUUCCGUCUAGUCUGUGCGGGCGGCUGACCCGAUCUCGCCGCCGUGGCUCGCGCCGGCGCGCCGUUUUACAGACUCUGGCGCGCCGUUUUACGCCCGCGGCGUCCCGCUCAUCGUAUCUGUGUUGUAAUGGCCGCGCUCGACCCCUGCGUCGACCGGCACUCGGCGGCGAACAAGCCUAGUCUUUCUCCGUAGUGCUGACUGUUCCCUUCGGCCGCGCGCGCUCCGGCGAUACCUGGCGCGCGGCGGACGGCCGCCCCGCCGCCGGCGGCCGCCGAGGGGCGCAUUUCAGAGUGUGUGUGUAUGUGACUGACUGUGCGCGCCGCGGUGACUCCGAGAUUGGUUUUAUAGUGUGUCAUGCCGGCACGCGUUCUGAGCUACUGUGUGCGUGUGCGAAUUGUGUUACUACAUCUGCAUCGUGUGGGACCGGGUGCUGGAACUGAGAGCGACAGAUCUGCAGUCUAACCAGGUUUUGUAAUCAGUACAUGUUGUUUUUAAC